AUGGCGCGAAAUGCCAAGGAAGCCACUACCAAACGGAACAGCAAACUUGAGAGUUUUCUCAAAAUCAAUUUGCCUGAAAAUGUGUAUGAACGGAUCAUAGCAUAUGAGCCUUGUAUUGUUGAUCAUCGGAAAGAGAAAAAAGCCUUCAAAUAUGUAGUCCUCAGUGCAGAUAGAAUUUAUCUGACGGAGAAUCCUCCCAAGACGAUUCGGGAAGAGGAUGGUGUGCCUCUUGGAGAAUUGAUAUCUGUUGAACUGGUAAAUGAGUUCCCCGAGUUUCUGAAUGGAGAAGAAAGGGACAACUGCCAGCACAUCCACAUCAAGUACAAUGCCAAAAAACCUAGUAAACAUCGCAAGAAAGGGAGCGGCGACAAGCUUGGCAAUGGAACUGAUGAUGGGAGUAGUAGCGGAGGUAGCAGUCCUGUACCUGAACUCAUUCUUACGGAGCCCAAUGGGUCCACUCUGGACCCCUCCCAACAUCCCUCGAGGUCCAGCAGCAUGCGCAGCCUCAAGCUUAACCGCAGCUUGGAUGAAAGUGACCUGAAAUCACUGAGAGACAUGUCCAUUGACUCUGACUCUGACAGCGAGGAUAGACUGUCCUGGUCCAUGCCAUCUGGUGAUCUUGAAAACAUGUCCAUCCACAGCCUGGAGUCGCUCUCAUUGGGAAGUGGUGAAAUGCUGACAGGAGACAAAAGCAAAGGGAAAAUCACGGGUGUUGAAACCUGUCGCCCUCUGCCCAACCGUCCGCCCAUCAACAGGGGACAGCGGCAGCGAAGCAUCGAUAAACCGGAGAGUUUCUCUUCCCAGAUUGCUUCAUCGCUUGAAAACCGGGAAGCGAAUACCCCCACCUCACCACCAGCAUCCUCCUCAACAAAGUCCCAGCUUCGGAACUUGCCCUCACCAGAACCUUUAGACACAGACAAAUCCAAAUCUAAGCCAUUCCAAUUUCCUUCUUCUGAGAAAGAGGUUACCAAGAAAGGGCUGCAUUCACACAUACCUCUAUUAAGACACAAGAGUUUAGACGAUGGUGUUCCCAGUAAACACAACAGGAAUGAAAACAAGGAGAACAGGUUAGCUGACGAACUUCUUGAAGAGUAUGGUAAACAGAAUCAAGAGGAUAUGCACUUGUACAUCAUCUCAUUGUCAUCACCAAUGCUUAUGCAUCUCAGGAGCUCAUGGAACAAUCAUAUCAUUAAAACUACUUUGUUGACAGAUCAAGAGAUUGCUGAAAGAUUAAAACCUGGGAUUGGAUCAAGCAAAGGACCUUCAAGAGCUCAACUUGAGAGAAAGUUUGCCCAAAUGAAGCAAGAGAUUCUCAACUCAGGGUUUUCCAUGGAGAAACUCUUCAGCUUGGUGCAGGAAUUGUUGACUGCUGCAGACAAAUACUUUGUUCUCAAGAAACUAUUCUGGAAGCAACCAGACCUGUUUAACUUUAUCCUCCAACAACUUCAGCGCUACCUUCCAAAGUCAACAGUCAAUGUCCACACUGAGAAGGGCAAACAACACAGGGCAGAUGAACUAGAACUGGCAAUUCUCCUAAUUGAAACCCUAGGGGUGAUGUUUCAUGAGACAGAAGUGCUACCUGCGAGAUUGGACUUCAUCAAGGCAAAUAGUGGUAAGGCUGCAUUGGACUUGCUAGUAGUAUUGACGUGUCUGCCAGAGAUUCCGCAGCGUUGGCGACCGCCUAGGACCAAGGCUCAAUCCCUUGGCUUGGUGACCGAUACAGACAGCUGGAAGACCUAUGCUGAUUCAGAGGUUGCGAAACUAGUCCAGGAACUGACCAAUGCAUCUACAGCUGUUCUCUUUGAACUGAUCCUUAUUGCACAUCAGUCAAACUGGGGAAACGGAGAAGGCAAGUUUUUCAACAUCUGUUGGCUUGUGAGAGUGUUAGAGACCAUGCAAACAACUUUGCUGGACUUUGUAACAAGAGUUCUGGCUCAAGCCAUGAAGCUCCUGAUGCCAUCCCGUCAUGAGAAGCUGACACCCAGUGAUGCAGUGCUCCUUUUCCAGCAGUUCUUUGUCAUCCAAACACUACUGGAGUACAGUCCUCAGGUCUCUGUUCACGUCAGGAAUAACUACAAUGAAGAAUUCAGGUAUUACGUGCAAUCACCACACAUUGUGAAGAAGCUGCCAAAGGUCUAUCCUAUCACAUCCCAGAAUCUGAGGAUCAUUGAUGAAGUCCUUAGCCAUGUCCUGCAGAAGCCUGCUUCACUGCUCACCAAGAAGCCCAAGAAGAAGUAGUGAACUCCCAGACACUGGGGAUCAUCGAUGAAGUCAUGUACCAUUAUUGUUUACCCAUAUUCCAAAGAAGCCAGCCUCACUACUCACUAGGAAGCCAAAGAAGAAGUAGUGAAUAUCCAGACACUUGUAAGGUUCAGCAUAGAAGUCCUUAGCCAUGUCCUACAGAAGCCUGCCUCACUACUCACCAAGAAGCCCAAGAAGAAGUAGUGAACUCCCAGACACUGGGGAUCAUCGAUGAAGUCAUGUACCAUUAUUGGUUAGCCAUAUUCUCAAGAAGCCAGCCUCACUACUCACUAGGAAGCCAAAGAAGGAGUAGUGAAUAUCCAGACACUUGUAAGGUUCAGCAUAGAAGUCCUUGGCCAUGUGCUACAGAAGCCCGCCUGCCUACUCAUUAGGAAGCCCGGGAAGAAGUAGUUAACACCCAGACACUACGGUUAUCAAUGAAAUCCUCAACAAGCCUGCCUUACUACUCAGUAAGAAGCCAAAGAAGAAUAGUGAACUCCUAGACACUAAGGGUCAUUGAUGAAGUCAUCAGCCAUAUUCUCCAAAAGCCUUCCUCACUACUUACCAAGAAGCCCAAAAAGAACUUUGAUUCAAUUUCAGCCUUGAAAAAUAUUAUUAAAAAAAAAGCAGCAGUGUACCAUAAUUUUCAUCUUCAAGACAAAGCACUGGUUAAGUUUAUUACUCGUGCAUAAGUGUAUGUCUUCACUUGAAAGAACUACACUAAGAGAUAAAGAAUAAUGGCAUCAAUGGCCUUUCUUAAAUGAGAUUUAUUUAAAUCAGUCAAAACAAAGAACAAUAAAUCUUGGGACAUGUAUUAAUAGAUGCAAUUUCUUUUUCCUGCAAAAUCAUAUGUUUGCACCUAAAUGGCAUGUAUUGAAUACUUUACUGUUGAGGUAGAAGUGUAUGACCUCAAACAGUUAAUUAGAAGAAAAAAAAUAUGCUCACUGAUGCCACGCUGCUGUAGGAAUUCUUAAAAAGCCAAAGAUAAUAUAACCUCAGAUAAAUUAUUCUGGUGUAUAUAGAAAAUAGACAUUCUGCUUUCCAUGAUAAAGUCGUUUCGUUCAAGAAUGGGUAAAAAUGGAGUAAUGCUGCAUUAUUCUGAAUGAAUUCUAGAUCAGCAUGUGCUUGAUCAAUCUUUAUGAAACAUGCAUUCCUGAUUUAUAAUUUUCACUGGUUUUGAAUGUAUAGCUGUUCUUUUUGGCAGCUUAUCUGAAGCACUUAUUCUCAAUGGGUCUUUUUCUUUUUAAAGGGAAGUUUCAGAUCUUGGAAAGGUGGAAAACGUUUAUGAGCUUUCACAUUAUUUCAUGUAAUUUUCAGGGCAACUUCA